UGGCAAUAUUGGUAUCGCUGUAAUUGUUUUCGCUAGGGUUUCGCUGCCAUUUUUAUUCAUGAUUCGGUACGCGCUUUCAGUUUUUGUGAUAAAUAGCAACCCAAGUUAGUGAUUUGUGCAAAUAAGUUAAUCCUGAGAAUAUAGUAAAGCUACCUGAUAUAUAUCAGUUGUUUUCAGAAAUCAUUUACAUUUCAUAAUUCAUUAAAAUGGCAAAUCUAAAACCCUUAGAAAACACAGAAAGUGAAGCACAGCCCGUAGCGGAAAAGAUAAAUGAGAAAUUGCCUUGUGAUAUUUGUAAACUUACAUUUGCUAAUAGUUGUAUUCUGGAAUCCCAUCUGGCAGGCAAACGCCAUCAGAAAAAUUUACGAUCACAGAGUUUAGGUGGUCUUCCAAAAGAAACUUUUGAUGGCACUACUACUGGAUUGACUGUUAUAGGACAAUUUUAUUGUAAAGAUUGUGGCAUAUAUGCAAAUUCGUCUAGUCAAUUGGACAUGCAUAUGAAAAGUAACAAACAUAUUAGUAAAGUUGAACAAAAAGCUUUGGAAAACACAACACCAGCACCAACUCAAAAAGCCAUAAAAAAAAAAUCAAAAGAUGCAGAUAAUACAGAUGCAUCACCUUCAAAGAAAGCCAAACCUGAUGGUCAACCUGAAAUAUUUAAAUGUGAAUCAUGUAAUGUUGAAACAAACUCCAAAACACAGUAUGAACAGCAUAUGAUGUCAAAUAGACAUAAAAAUCGACUGAACCCUCAAUAUGGAGGUAGUGCUGAUGGAAUAUCUUCAAGAAAACGUAAGGGUGCUGCAUUUAUGGCAAGAAAACGACAAUCACGUUUUGGUUUAGGUUAUGACCAACCUUUAUCCUCAUCAUUUGUUUCUGGGGGAUCAUAUGAGACACCUCAACAACCCCAACAACCUCAACAACCAUCUAACAUGUCACUUUUGUAUGGACGAGCUAAACAGUAUAGUGCCGCUAUGAUGUCAUAUCAACAGCAACAAGGUGCCUAUAAAGGUAUGAAGCAAAACGAAUAUGGCUAUGGAACUGAAAUGCCAACAGCAGCUGUUAAUGGUUCUAAAAUGGAUAAUGAGGCUUAUCGGAAUACAUAUGGUCGACCAAAUGCUAUGGCUGGAAUUGCACAAGGUGGAUAUAAUAACAUGGCAGCAAAAAAACCUUAUUAUACUGAAGAUCCUUAUGCAAAUUAUGGGCAGAUGGCAAAUCAAAAUAUGAAUGCCCAAUAUGGGGUUCCUACCAUGGGUUACAAUAAUGCUACUAUGAAAAGUAGCUUUUCUUUGUGGUAAAAUUAUUUAAGCAAGGCAAUACAACUCUCUUUUAAUGUUUUCAACAAUGAAUGUAUCUUUAUUUAAGACUAUAUAAAUUUUAGAUAAAAGAAUGAAUAA